AUGCAGGGAGACUCCUCGCUUGCGCAGCGCCUCCAAGAGUUGCAAACUCUGGCGCGACGCCACGCUUCAGAGUCGCCCCGUUCUGUCCCUUGUCCCCCGGCGCAGCCGUCGGUCUCUCCUCAGCAGCUUCGUCUCCUUCUCUCGCGUCAGGAGAGCCUGCGUCAAACCCUCGCGGCGUCUGCCUGUCUCCCCACUCCACCUCUUGCGUCUCUGCCUCCGACAUCGGCCGCUCGGCCUCUAUCGCAAGAUGCAGCUGACGAGGCACAGUUCCUUGGCGGCGAAGCCACGGGACAGAAAAAUGUACCUGUUGGCCUCGCACACGCCGUGGGAAACGACUCGUCUCAGCACCCGGCGCGUUCCGUCUCCCUGGGGAGUCUCCCUGGAGGCGCAGCCUCUGGGGGUCCAGCCUCCGGAGGUCGGGGGACAGUCUCCGGGGUUGGCGAGGCGAGGGGAAACAGCAUCAGCCCAUCGGCUCAGAUGCUUCUUCAGCUUUUUCUUCAGCAACAGAUGCGCCUGAAACAGGAUGGAGACCGGCCGCCUUGCUCGUCUUCGGACGCCCUCACGCCAGGCAGCGCGGCUCCAUCGUCCAACACGAAGGCGGGCCCUGCGCCGGUAUCUUCGCCUCCCACGCAGACGCCCGUCCCUCGACCGUCCUCUCUCCCUCUCCGCGGCGCGAGACACCCUCCUCCCUCUGCGCAGGCUUCUGGGCCUCUGGCCUCUCUGAUCCCUCGGUCGCCGCUGGAAGGCCAGCCCGCUUCUGGAGGCGCGACUGCGGUCGUAGAGCCCGAUGCGGCGAAGCAGCUCCGUCUGCUUCUCCAGGCUCUGCACGGGAACGCCCGCGGAGAGAUCCCUGCUUUCGGGCCCAGGGGUUUGGCUCCCCAUCUCCCUUCGAUGUCUCCCUCCAGCUGGCGCGGCCCCUCGCUGGGGACAGGCAACGACGCGCUGCUGGCGCAGCUCUUCCGAUCUGCGCUUCUCUCCGCUCAGUCUCAAGGGCAUUCCGCGGUGUCUCCUUCCACGUACUCGGCUCCAGGGUCCUCGGGCGGGCCGAAUCCAUCGUCUUUAGCUCCUUUUCCUCCUCUCAGCGCCACUCCGAGCGCCUCUGUCCCUCCCGUCCAGUCUCCUCCCACAGCGGAGACAGCGGCCGUGACGGCUCCUGUCUCGCCGCCACCCUCUCUGCCUCCUCAGCAGGUCGCCACGGCGCGGCUUCUGUUGGAGAGUUUGCGAGGCCGAGAGGGUGAACCAGGCGCACCGGGCGUUUCGCGAGUAGCCGCGCUUCUCCAGCGGCUCCUUCGGGAGAAAGGCGUUGCCCCGACGUCUCUCGCUUCUGCGCCAUUUGCCGGUCGCCCGGCAUCGCCGCCUCCGGCACCGCCAGCGGGCGGGUCUGCGGCCGACUCGGCCACCCAGCGUCUCCUCGCGUCUCUUGCGUCUUCGCUGGGCUCAGGACUGGGAGGCGCGGCCAGCAGAAAGGCGGGAUUUCCUUCUUCGCCUUCUCGUUCGGCCUCUCCUGGACCUCAAAUCGGCCCGGCUGACCUGCGUCACCGACUUUUGUCGCUCUCCUCUUCUCUCGGUCUCGCUGCCCCGCGACAGCACCCGUCCGGCGCCUCUGGCGACUCUCUGCCGGCCCCGUCUCUCCCUUCUCCCGCCGUCGCGUCGUCCCUUCUCGGGCAACGCUCGGGCGAAACGGCCGCUCUCUUUGCAGCGGCCUUCGCGCAGCAGGCUCGGAUGCUACUGGAGCGAAAGCGGGGUCGGGAAGGCGACGAACGGAGCGGCGGGAGAAAGGAAGCGAGGCAGGAGCGGAAAGAUGAGUCUUCUACGCAUCGGAAGAAAGGCGCAGAUAAGAAGGCCGUCGCCUCGCUCGCUGUCGGUGUGGGGACGGGGCCUACGCAGCGGGGUCGGAAAGACAGAGAAGAGGCUCUCGACGCCGAACCAGACAAGGAGGAAGGGACAGAUAAAGCGAGUCGCAGUCUCUCGCUUCCGGUGCGCGCGAGGCCAAGCCGAGGCCGCGGGCGGCUGGGCGCUGAGGCGCGUAACCCGUCAUCGCCUGCUGGAAGACGCCUCGAGGUCGGAAAGAGCGAGGGAGACAAACAGGAGCAAGCAGGCAGCGAGGCGCAGGCGAAACGCCAGAUUCAAGGCGGCGUGAACGCGAAAACUGGACGACGCGUGUCGCCUCCCCGCGCUUUGCCUUCGACUGCAGGACCGAAGAGGAAACGCGGAGGCCGCAGUCUGGACCCGGCGGCGGGGCAAACCGGCGCGCGUCGCGGCUCCGCUGUCUCCUACGUGGAGAGACACCCGCGGACGGCGGGCUCGUGCCUGGACGAGGAAGAGGAGGAGGACUCUUCGCGCGCCAAAGACACUUCGUCGACCGCGUCGGCCUCGGCCCACAGACGACCGUCUUCACCCUCGUCUGUGGGGAAAUCUCCCGCGUCUGGAGCUCCCGCAGACGCUGUCUCCCCGACGGACGACGCGACGUCGUCGAGCAGCGAAGAGCCGGAAGAAGAGCCGGAAGAAGACCAGGAGACACCGGUUUUCCGCGAGGGACCGCCGAUGACGGACGAAGAGCUGCGGCGCGCUGCCGAGGGAGUGCAGAACAUCCCUGCUCUGACGGUCCCGGCACUCGUGCGAGCUGCGGUCUUGCCCGUGCGCAUCGAAGGCUUCCACGCCCUCGAAGAGACGCAGCUUCUGUCGGGAAGGAAAGACUGGCUUCGCUACGAGUGUCCUCUAUGCGAUCGGCAGGCUCACCCCCCUGACGCGUACUGGGCGAACUUUCAGCACUACCUCACGUGCCACUGGCGAAGACGCCAACGUCUGGGGGGGUAUGUCUGUUUCCCCUGCAGACGCCGCCACGACCUUUCACUCAAGGCAGGGAGCACGGGGUCUGUAUCUGAAUCGGGUUCGUCGGCUGGGGCCGUUUCCUCGUCGGUCUCGGCCCCGCCUUCGCCUUCCUCCCUGUCUCAAGGCGUUUCAAAAGGCGGGAAGCUCUCCUGCGGCCCGCGGCGAGGGCGCAAGUACCACUUCCACUGUCCCCUCUGUGCGGAAGUCUUUCGCACAUUUCCGUGUCUCCAAAGGCACGCCUUUGCCGCGCACCCCGCCUCGGCCGCGGACCCGCGCCUGCAACUCGCUCCGCAAAAGCUGCACACGCCCUGGAUGGACAAAGAGGAGGACUACACCGUUGCGCUGCGAAGGGGGGAAGAGGGCGAAGAGAAAGACGGCGUGGACGCGGGCACCGAGGAACCAGACGAAUCCGGCGAGGAAGCGGACGAGAAGACGGAGACGGAGGGCGAGGGGAGAGUCGGAAGCGUCCAGGAGGAGGCCGCUGGGGAAGACGCGGAGGCGAAGUCGAACAGCGACGUGGGGAGACUCCCCGACGACGCGAACGGCUCAGAAAAGGAACCACGCAGUGGCCGCGAGGAUGAAGAGUCGCCGGCCGCAUGCUCGAGUUCUCCGUCCGCGACCGAAGCGAGGGAGUCCGUCGACGCUGUCUCGCCCGCGUCUGUGGCGCUCUGCCGGGAGUCGGGGAAGGUAAAAGCCGAAGGGAAGGAGACUGCGGAAGCGUCUUCUCUGGAGGCAGACUCCCCGGCGUUGGCUUCAGUCGCGCCCGAGGGCGAUGUCAAUGCGGUCAGUGAGGAGCGGGGCCCGGACGCGAAAGAGAGCGACGCGGGCCACGGCGGCGAAAGAGACGCCGCCCCUCCGCCGUUGCGCAGUUGCCUGGUCCUUCGCGCGAGCCGGUCAACCUCCGAGGGCCUCAGUAUCUCGUCUGGAUCCGCCAAAGAAGGAAAGAAAGUUAAAGACGAGAAAGAGGAUCCUCCUGCCGACGGGGAGCGUGGCGACGGGAAAAGAGAAGAUGGCGAGAAGGACGAAAAGAAGAGUGGCAGUCCUGAGAAGACAGGUGAACGACGCGUCAAGAAAAAGGUAGCUUUCGUUCCGCAAGUUCGCGUCAGGCCUCUCGAUAAAGAGCUCUCGAUCAUGGAGAAGCUGGGUGCCGUCAUGGGCCCGGUGCUGACGGGAGGCGUUGCUGCGUCAGCGCCCGCGACGGGCGCCACGGAGAACGACGAGGCGACUUCGGGAGAGGCGGCUCCAGGCGGCGCUGCGAACAAAGAAGGCGAAACCUUUUCAGGCACCCUCAUUCCUCUAGACUUCAAUCGGCGCGGGACGCGCAGCGCUACCGUGGCGGCCAUGGCGGCCGAGCGAGAGCGUCUUUCCCCUGCUUCGUCUCCCGCCGCCGAGGGCGCCGCGUCUUCGCCAGCCUUCUCGUCCGUCUCUCGAGGCGGCCGAGAGCGAGGCCGAGCAAUGGCGGGGGCUGAAGCGGCUGCUGCCGAGGAGGUGUCGCACGUGGAGGAGAAGGACGGGUCUUCGCGGGCGGCCUCUGGGUCGGGGCGCGGAGGCCGAGGCAGAGGCGGGUUCCCCCUCUCUUCUGAUUCUCAAAAAGACGAAUCGAGCGAAAACGCCCCAGCCGAACGCAAGGCUGCGGCGCCGGGGGAAACUGAGCAGGGACGCGCCGCCUGUCCGAACAGUGAGGAGAGCGAAGCCCAGUCGGGGAAUUCGAGAGGCGGAGGACGAGGCCGGUCUCCAGUUGCUUCUCCAGAACACGACUCCGAAACGGCAAUUCCUACGCAGGCGCCGGAGUCUUUAACUCAGCCGGGAAAAGACACGGCUUCUGGCGGUUCACCGACGGCGAGUCGCGGUUCGGGGCGGGGCUUAUGCCCAGCCGCUGGAAAGGGGGAAGGCGACGCCUCUCCGGGUUCUCCAGCGUCGCGUUCACCCUCCUCUCCUUCCUUGGAGGAUGGCCUGUCGAAGGAAGACGAGGAUCUCCCGCCGUGGAAGAGGCGAAAACGCAGCCUCGGCGGGCCUUCUGCCACGGGCGCGUCUUCACUGGUGUCCCCGUCAGCCGCUUCGGCCCUCCCCACAGUCUCUGUCACGUUGCCGUCCUCCCCGCGAGACAAGGACUCGUCGCUGCCUUCGUCUCCGCGGUCUGCGUCUCCUUCCUCGAGACGCGUGUGUGUCUCCAUUGCAGCGGCGGCUGCAGCCGCCGCGAGAGCUCGGAAGCUCGCCUCGCCUGGAAGGGACGUAGGCGCCGCGACUGCAUGCACUCCGUCCGUGGCCAGAAGAAGGCAAGGGGAAGGAAGCGAGAUUGCACAGCAUGUCCAUGCCGUGACAGUCUCCGCAGAAGAGAAACCGGCUGUGUCUGUGGACGCGGGAAGUCUGCCAGUGGGGCAAAGGCGGACGAGCCCACGGUGCAAUGCAAAUAACGGAGUGUCUCCCUCGUCUUCAGCUGCCCCGGCGCCUCGCGAGAGCUGUGAGGAUGGCGGAAAGACACGCGGAAAGAUAGGAGCUCUGCAGGUCCCAGAGGAGACGAGCCCAACUAGCGGCCAGCGGACGCCGGGGCGCUCCUCCGGCCAGGUGUCUCCUGUGGGGCGCCGGUCGCGGUCGGGGAGCCCCAGCCCCCAGCGGCCGCCGUCACCGGAGCGGAGGCGGGGGUUGCGCGUAGAAGACAGAGAGACAGAGGGAAGAGGUGGGGAGGAAGAACGAGACGGGAACGAUGAACAGAGAGGGAGAAAAGAAGAACGUGGAGGCACGCGAGAGCGGGAAGAGAAGAAAGAAGACGCCCGAGAGGGGAAAGAAGCAAAACCGAUGGCGAAACCCAAGACGAAGACGGCCGCAUCUUCGGCUUCAGGUUCUGGUCGAGCCUCUCCGGAUUCAAAGAAAGAAGCGAGUGAAGAGAAGAGCGCUUCUGAGAUCGGGCCGGUCGAUGCCACCGGAAAGCAGAAGAAAACAGGAAAAAAGGGAGAAAAAGCUGGUCACACGAAGCCGCGCGUCGUGGUGUCACCGUCACGAACAACCCUCAGUGGGCGCGGCGGACGGCAGCGAAGAGAACACAGGCACAAGCUUCAACAGAGCAGAAGAAUUAAUCUGUCCUCUUCUCUGUUGACACGGCCUCCUCUGAGAAGACGAGCGAAGGGGAAAAGUCGUGGAGACUCCCGUCGCGCCUCCUCUCCGAUGUCUUCGCCUCGGGCUCGGUCGCGAGAACCAGAGCGUAGGCCUGCUGGGGCGCCAGCGCCUGUGUCUGCGUGCGAUCCCGCCUUGCUGUCCUCUUCUGUCUUGGGCUCCAGUGUCUCUUCUACGGGCGUGGAGACAGCGGGCGCGUUGCGCUCCACCGGUCGCCGGCACCGCGACCGAUCAGGCGACUGUCGUGGACGUGGACAGGCUAGAGCUUCGAGGUUGUGUCUCACUUCCGAUUUCUUGGACGCCUCGCCUCUGUUUGUGCGCCACGGCCAAAAUCUCUCUCUCCAGCGUCUACCGUCACAGCCGCCUGCGGGCGUGCUGUGUGCUAGCAGGCGCCAGAAGAGACGCCCUGUCUCCACGCGGUCGGACGGUGUGAAGCCGCUCGCUGGCGACGGGGGCACGCCGACGGGGAGGGCGCCUUUGGGCGGCCAACGCGCGUCGAAGAGACAAAAACGCGUAACGCCGGAUCUCGCAAGUGCGCGGGAGAGGCAAGACGAAAAGCAUGGAAACGGAGUGGGGCCAGGAGGCAAGGAAGAAAACAACAGUCCUCGCCACAAGUCGCUGCCCAGUUCUCCGUGUUACUCGUUUUUUUCGGGCGCCGCCGAGGAGCGCGAGGACCGCAGUCGAGGGGGAAAGGCGCGAAAGGAAGGAGAGAAGGGGAGAGAUUUUGAGAAGCUGUCACAAGUCGUGACGCGCCGCAGUGCGGAUGCUUUCCUCUCUGGAGACGGCGAUUUGAAAGCGGAAGCGAGUCUCUCCGGCGGAAGACGCAAUUCUCUGGGGAGUGAGGACGACGGCGCGAGAGCGAGGCUUAAAAGAGGGCGAGAGGCGACCAGCCGCCUUUUCGCGUCGUUCCCUGCGCUCAGCGUCUCGGUCCUGCGCUCAGAGCGCGGGAAGGCAGAGAGGGAAGGGGGAAUCGAGAACGGCGAGAGAGACGGAGAAGACGGAAUUCCAGAUCGAACGGUCGCUCGGCAGAAGCUCCUCCAGGCUCCGAGCUCCGCCAUGCCACGCCGGGCAAGCUGCUAA